AAUUAAAGUUCAUUAUCUUGAGAGCAUUCGACUUAUUAAUUUGUUCUUUCUUCUAUAAAAUAUAAUUUUUUAAAUUUUACAAUUUCAAUAAGAGUCAUGGUACGCGCAUGGUAUAUGGAUGAUGAUCAACAAACUGAUCAAAGAUUAGAGCAUCAUCGCAAUCCACCUGUUUUUAUUGAUUUAGAAAAAUUAUUUGAAAUAAGCGGAGUGCAAUAUUUUAAGUUUGAUUUCAAGAGUUCAAAAAUGCAGGAUCAGUUAGAAAAAAUGAAGAAAAAUAGAGGAUACUCAUAUGAAGACGAGAUCAUUUGCUCAAAAGAAUGUCUUGCUGAUUACGAAAACAAAUUAAAAAGCUUUUAUGAAGAGCAUUUGCAUACAGACGAAGAAAUUCGUUAUGUUCUGGAGGGUAGUGGAUAUUUUGAUGUUAGAGACAUUAAAGACGAAUGGAUAAGAAUUGAAGUAGAAGCUUUUGACCUUAUUAUAAUUCCAGCUGGGAUAUAUCAUCGUUUUACUUUGGAUACUCAAAAUUACAUUAAAGUCAAUAGAUUUUUUGUCGGAGAGCCCAAAUGGAAACCACAUAAUCGACCAGUAGAUGAAAUGUUAUGCAGAAAAUCUUAUUUAGAACGAUUAGAAAAUGGAUUUAAGUAAAAUCAUAUGAAUUUAAUUAUAUGUAAAUUCAAUAACCAAAUGGAAAGUUGAA